AUGUGUGGAAGUAAGUUCGAACACUGGUCUCAAGACGUUUGUCGUUCAAGCCGAGGUAUCGAUGGUUGGUUUCAUCGUUUAAGUACAUUUCUACUUUCACAUGGAUUUCUUUGCAACCGUGCUGAUCCUUCUUUGUUUAUCUAUGCUCGGAAUUCAUGCAUCAUGUACUUACUCGUGUAUGUGGAUAACUUGAUUCUUACUAGAAACAAUGAAUUUGUUAUCACUUCCUUCACCACUCAUCUUCAUCAAGAAUUUGCAAUAAAAGACUUAAGUGAUCUAAGCUAUUUUCUCGGUUUAGAAGUCAACUACACUGAUGAUGGACUCUUUUUAAUUCAAUCCAAAUAUGCAAUGGAUAUCCUUACUCGCAGUGAUCUCUUAGACUCCAAACCCGUGUCUACUCUACUUGCAACUCAUGAAGUCCUCACAUUAACCAUAUCUCCUUUCAAUGAUAUCACUCUUUAUCGUUCUCUAGUGGGAGCUCUCCAUUAUUUGACCAUUACACGCCUUGAUCUCUCUUAUGUUGUUAAUAAAGACAGUCAAUCUCUUCACUCUCCAACUAAUGUUCAUUUUCAAGCUGUCAAAUGCAUCUUGCGUUAUGUCAAGGGCACUAUUACAUUUGGUCUUACUUUUCAACGGCCACAUACAAACACCAUUUUGGGUUAUUCUGAUGCCAAUUGGGCUCAUUGUAUUGAAACACGUCGCUCAACAUAUGGCUAUUCAAUGUUUCUUGGUGGCAACUUAGUCUCUUCAAGUGCUAAGAAGCAACCAACUGUAUCUAGAUCUAGUUGUGAAUCGGAAUAUCAAGCGAUGGCUAAGUCGACAACCAAUAUUGUUUGGAUCACUCAUCUCUUACGAGAAUUACACACUUUACCACCUGAUAGACCAACUUUGCUAUGUGACAAUAAAAGAGCUUUAUUUAUGACACAAAAUCUAGUCUCAAAUAAGUGUUCUAAACAUACUGAUCUCUAUACCAAGUUCGUACUAACCAAGCUUCAGGUGGCUGGCAUUUUCAAAUAG